CCCGCCCCGACACUGUCACUCCCACCACAGCAAGCAGCUAGCGACCGGUCUCAGCAACUCUCCCUCGCCUCACGCAAUGGCCGCCUCCACCAUGGCGAUCUCCUCCCCGGCGAUGGCCGGCACCCCCAUCAAGGUGGGCUCCUUCGGCGAGGGCCGCAUCACCAUGCGCAAGACCGCGGCCAAGCCCAAGGUGGCGGCGUCCGGCAGCCCGUGGUACGGCCCCGACCGCGUCAAGUACCUCGGCCCCUUCUCCGGCGAGCCCCCGAGCUACCUGACCGGCGAGUUCCCCGGCGACUACGGCUGGGACACCGCGGGGCUGUCCGCUGACCCCGAGACCUUCGCCAAGAACCGUGAGCUGGAGGUCAUCCACUCCCGCUGGGCCAUGCUCGGCGCGCUUGGCUGCGUCUUCCCCGAGCUGCUCGCCCGCAACGGCGUCAAGUUCGGCGAGGCCGUCUGGUUCAAGGCCGGCUCCCAGAUCUUCAGCGAGGGCGGGCUCGACUACCUCGGCAACCCCAGCCUGAUCCACGCCCAGAGCAUCCUCGCCAUCUGGGCCUGCCAGGUCGUGCUCAUGGGCGCCGUCGAGGGCUACCGCAUUGCCGGCGGCCCGCUCGGCGAGGUCGUCGACCCGCUCUACCCCGGCGGCAGCUUCGACCCCCUCGGCCUGGCCGACGACCCCGAGGCCUUCGCCGAGCUCAAGGUGAAGGAGCUCAAGAACGGCCGCCUCGCCAUGUUCUCCAUGUUCGGAUUCUUCGUCCAGGCCAUCGUCACCGGCAAGGGCCCACUCGAGAACCUCGCCGACCACCUCGCCGACCCGGUCAACAACAACGCCUGGGCCUACGCCACCAACUUCGUCCCCGGCAACUAAGCUCCAUCCGCUCUGCAACUUCAUUGUCUUCCGGAGGGGGCGUACGUGGAUUCAUUGAUGCUGCAAGCUGCCGCAUGUGUGUCUCUUGUUUCACGUUGCAUUUCAGGGGCAGGUCGAGAUGAUGAGUUGGCGUUGUACAC